AAUCCGCCCAAUGUGGGUGCACCCUUUAUAUUGACCAAAAAAUGUUCGUUUUUUGCUGAUACAUACCUCCUUACUUCCUGGUUUGCCGGUGAUCCUGUAAAAGAUGAAGACUGCCGAGGAGAGGAUAAUUGAGAGGAUCAACAAGGAGAUUGGGAGUGACAUAAAGAACCUCCAUAAAUCCCGGUUUUUAGUGAAAGAAUACGAAGAAAGUCUUCAAAACAUUCGAGCAAAGAUCUCCCUGGAGAAUCCAUUGGUAAACUCCGUGAUAAAGGCAGCAAUUUGCAAUGCCCAGGAUGCUUCUGAGAGGCUGGAAAGGCAAACGGAAAAGGUCGAUGCCUUUGCGGAAUCACUGAAUGAAAAGCUAGACUUCAGGACGUCGAUUGUGGCUGGUAUUGAGGAUAGUUUGGAGAAGAUUGGUGGCCUUGAGCAUCUCAUUGAGUACUUUAAGAUUUUGCGGGAUAUUCAGGAGAUAAGUCAGGAGCUGAAAGCUUCUGUGGGGGGUCGUGAUGAGGGGAAAAUUGUUGGAUUCUAUUUGGCACUGUGUGGCGAGAGGGAAUCCUCGAAUAGUGUCAUUGGGAGGCUUCAGCAUGUUGAGGCGCCUCACUUGAAGACCUACGCCAAUCAGACAGCCAGCUACUGGCAUGAUAUUCUACUCGAUAAAUUCUCCAAGGAUUUCGAGGGUCUCCUCAAGACAAUCCGAUGGCCAUACUUGGGCCAUGCUUCGGAAGUGCUGAAUCCCUCAAAGGAUGCCAUGAAUAAGCUGGGUAUCCUUGCUGAAUAUCUCUUCCUCAUUAAACCUCCCGGAGAUCCAAGUUCCGAACAUGUGGUGCUCUCUCCCGGGGUAACAUGUCCCCCAAUUAGUCAUCCCACAGAGCUCCUCAUUAAGCCCUUCCGGCAGCGUUUUCAGUUUCAUUUCACCGGCACAAAGCAGACAAAUCGCCUUGACAAACCCGAAUGGUACUUGACGCAGAUCAUCAAUUGGGCCAAGGAUAAUCACCUCUUUGUGGGUGAGAACUUCCAAGUUUCCGCAUCCCGAGCAGGUCUGGCGGAUUUCAAUGUUCGUCUUGAGUUUGUUCGAGGCCUCGUGCAGCUGGCAAUGGAGAAGCUUUGCGAAGAAAUUGAGCAAAUAGCUCAGGAUGAGCAUCUCUUUGCACACCUGCUGGAUGAAGUGCUCUCCUUUGAGCAAGACAUCAAAGAGACUUUCAACUACCCAAAUGCCUUUCCAAGUGCAAUUACAGUCCUCACUCAGGCGCAAUACAUCGUAAAGUGGCUCAACAUUGAAAGGGGAUUUACAACAAAUAAAAUGGAUGCAAUCAUGACGGGAGACUCUCCAUGGGAAUUCAUUGAGCCCUCUAACUUUGAAGAGUUGAAAAUUCCAAAGUGUGUCGAUCAAUUCCUUCAUCUUCUGGACGCUAUCCGGGAGCGAUACAGGAACUUAUCACAGCCGGGACAUCAAUUGCAAUUCCUGCAGCUCCAAUUGGAACUGAUUGAUAACUUCCGACGACGGUUGGUGCAGCUGCACAACACCAACAUUGGCUACACAAAAAUCCUCAAUGCAAUCAACUAUCUCACAUCUGUUUUGCGUGAAUGGGGCGAAAAUGUUCACUACUUGCACCUCCAUGCUGCCCUUGUGGGCCCCGAUGCGGUGGAAAUUAGCUCGGUGUUCGAGAAGCCCGUUGAGGAGCUCGAGCACUGGCAGAGGAAGCUCGUGAAGGAACUUGCGGGGAAGGUUGUGGAUGACAUAAAGGCAAAAUCAAUGCCAUAUCGUCAUGAUUUGUGGGUCACGAUGCCCGAACAGAAUGCCAAGGAACCUUUCAUUCUCAGCGUAACUGCUGGAGAGAUGUUCCACAUUAUGAUGCAGGUGCUGCAUAAUCUCGAGACGGAGCUGUCUGCGAAUAUUUUUGGGAUUGUCUUGCGUCUCAUUGCGCACCAACUGGAUGAUUUCUUCUUGGACAGCAUGAUUAUGAAUACGAAAUUUUCAACGGGGGGUGCAGCACAAUUCCAAUUUGACAUGACACGCAACCUUUUCCCACUCUUCGGGCAGUACGUCCGGAAGCCAGAGUUACAAUUUAAGAGGUGCGUCAUGAGGAGGCCAAAGACAUCCCAUUUAAUUGUUUUAUCUGAAAAUUCUCUUCUUCUUUUCGUAGUAUUGCUGAUUCAUGUAUUCUACUUAAUCUCCCAAGGGGCUCAGCAAUACUCCUGCAUGAAACACUCCGGGAUGCCAGUACGCUUGAAUCACACAGAAAUUCCCUUAGAGAAGUUAAAGUGGCCAAUCUCAUGCCACCUGUUGCCCUCGAUGUGUUGGAGCGAAGGACAGAUAUUUGCUUUUGAGCCUUUUGCAAGAAGUUCUUUUCUUUUCUAAUGAGCUCCUAAAUGGUAAUUGGGUUCAAUUUACAUGCAACAAACAGUAAAUUAUUGCUUUUUUCAAUGUUAUUGUUAGUAUAUCGUUAUUAAAAUGAAUUUGUAGUAAACAGUGGUGGUCGUACGAAAACGCAUCAACUACGAAA